AUGCUCAGUAAGCCGACUAUCUCAGUCGGGAAGAACAGUGAGCGCGUCAGUCAAUGGUUGGACAUCGUACGGAACGUCGCAUUCCAGCAGCGUCGACGGUAUGGAACAGCCACCGUGAUUUGCACCCCCCGUGAACGGGCUCGAGCCCUGAUUGGAAUCUAUCAGAACCUCAUACCAAUUCUUUGA